AGUUUAUAGUAUAUUCUGAGUUACACACAGAGUGCGUGUGUUGCGUUGACAAAUGUUUGUUCGCUACGGUUUCCAGUGAUAAAAGUCUUAUGACCUUGCAUAUGUUUCAUAAUCACAUUUGUUACGUAUGUGUUUUCUUAAAAAGAUUGUGAAGGGAGAUGUGAAAAAUUGAGAUUCCGAGGAAGGGAGCAUAUCUGGGACUCGUCAAUCCGAUCAACUGCGCAGAUCCAAUCGUGCGAAUGCAUGUUUUAUGUUCAAUAUUUUUUCCGGUACAGGCUCUUUCGAAACGUCUGAACCUAUGUAAUACUUGGAUCAUUCGUUCCGUUUUUGAUUGGGUUCGUUUAACAUGUGAUGAGUGCUCUGGAGACAAUCAUUGAGGAACAAUUGUGUUUAUUCAUGAAUUGUGUUUAUUCGUGUGUUAACAUUCAUUACAAAAGUUGUUGCCAACGAGUUAAUUCAGCAGUGCGUGAUCGAUUGUAAUUUACGGUUGUUCAUCAACCAAAAUCCCCGAUUGAUUCAGUGAGCAACUCAAAGUGUUUUUAUAAAUCAACGAGAGGGACUCUCAUCAGAUUUUGAAAAUUGAAAAAGGAAUUGGAAACAAAACGGAAAACAUAAAAAUGAAUGGAUUGACAACCGAAGCCAGUGGAGAAAUGGAGGCAAGUGGUAAAAGCGAACAAACGUUUCAUGAAUUGAAAGAAUUCCAUACCCUAGUAUUUUACGUCAAUGGCCAAGAGAUCGUGGAUGCCGCGGUGGAGCCUGAGUGGACUCUGCUUCAUUAUCUCCGCAAUAAACUACGGCUGUGCGGCACGAAAUUGGGCUGUGCAGAAGGAGGUUGUGGGGCUUGUACCGUCAUGGUGUCACGAAUUGAUCGUACCACUGGGAAAAUUUUUCAUUUAGCAGUGAAUGCAUGUCUUGCACCCGUCUGCAGUUUUCAUGGAAUGGCGAUUACGACGGUCGAAGGAAUCGGCAGUACCAGAACAAAGUUACAUCCGGUACAAGAGAGAAUAGCGCAAGCUCACGGUUCACAAUGCGGUUUUUGUACUCCUGGUAUUGUAAUGUCGAUGUACGCUUUACUGCGUUCGAUUCCAAAACCUACAAUGGGAAAUCUGGAAAUCGCGUUUCAAGGAAAUUUGUGUCGAUGCACUGGCUACAGACCGAUCAUCGAAGGAUUCAAAACGUUUACGGAAGAUUGGGAACUUUCACAAUUGUCAUCGAAGUUUAUCGGAAGAGAAUGCGAUAAUGGAACGAAGAUGUGUGCUCUUGGAGAUGCUUGUUGCAAAAAAGCAUUCACGUCUGAGCCUACAGAGGUUUUCAAUGUGAAAGAAUUCUGUCCCUACGAUCCAACGCAAGAAGCAAUAUUUCCUCCGAAAUUAUCACUCUCAUCGGAAUUAGAUGGUCAAUAUCUCGUUAUCAAAGGAAAACAGGUUACUUGGUACAGACCAACAAUACUCGAACAAGUUUUACUUCUGAAGAAAAAAUAUCCGAAUGCAAAAGUGAUCGUUGGAAACACAGAAGUUGGCGUUGAAGUAAAAUUCAAACAUUUAACGUAUCCGAUAUUGAUAAAUCCUAUGCAAGUCCAGGAAAUGCGAGAAAUUACGAAACUCAGCAAUGCAAUACAUAUCGGUGCAAGCGUCACUCUUACGGAAAUGGAAGAAGCGCUCAGAAAACAAGUACAAAUAGAACCAGAAUUUCGAACAAGAAUAUUUUUGGAAGUGGCGAACAUGAUGCACUGGUUUGCUGGAAAGCAAAUCAGAAACGUGGCAGCGAUUGGAGGAAACAUAAUGACCGGAAGUCCGAUAUCCGAUCAAGUUCCUGUGCUGAUGGCUGCGAAUGCAAAAUUGACUUUUUCGAGUCUAAUUCGAAAAACGAGAACAGUUUUAUUAGACCAUACGUUUUUCGUGGGUUAUCGUCGAAACGUUGCUUUAUCGGACGAGAUAUUGGUUUCCAUUGAAAUUCCAUAUACCAACAGUUCUCAAUAUUUUGUUGCUUACAAACAAGCUAAAAGACGCGACGAUGAUAUUGCAAUUGUUAACAUGGCAUUGAACGUAACUUUUAAGCCUGAAACGAAUGAAAUCGUGGAAGCUCGAUUGGCUUAUGGCGGGAUGGCACCCACAACCAAAUUGGCUGUUGAGACGUGUCGCCAAAUGGUCGGAAAAAAAUGGGAUAAUGAAAUGUUGGAAUCAUCUUACCAGUCACUAGUCGAAGAAUUCCCUUUGCCUGACAAUGUUCCAGGAGGACAAGUUCAUUAUCGUCGUUCCUUGACGCUCAGUUUAUUCUUCAAGGCUUUUAUUGAAAUAAUGAAGCAAAUGCAUCGAAAUUUACCGGGACUUCAACCACUGCCUCGGGAAUUGAUUUCAGCUUCGGAAAGUUUUCAUUACGUGAUACCGAAAAGCUCGCAAUAUUAUCAAGUGUCAUCAAAGAACCAAAACCCUGAUGAUUUGAUUGGAAGACCAAUCGUGCACGCUAGUGCUUACAAGCAGGCAACAGGUGAGGCAGUUUAUUGCGACGAUAUUCCUCAAUUUACUGACGAAUUGUACAUGGCACUUGUACUGGCGACCAAAGCACAUGCGAAUAUAGUCAAAAUCGAUCCCUCGGAAGCAUUGGCCGUUGAAGGCGUCGUGGCAUUUUUUAGUGCUGAAGAUAUUCCAGAACGUCAAAGAUGGGUCGGUCCUGUCAUGCACGACGAAGAAGUUUUCGUCUCGAAAACGGUCACGAGUCAAGGACAAUCCGUGGGAGCUAUUGUGGCUGUUAAUCAAUCUACUGCACAGAAAGCAGCGAGAAUGGUCCAUGUCGAGUACGAAGAACUUCAACCCAUCAUCGUCACGAUUGAGGAUGCCAUAAAAGCAAGUUCUUUUAUUCCUGGUUCACCAAGACGAAUCGUAAAAGGAGACACUGAAAAAGCUUUCACUGAAUCGGAUCACAUUCUCGAAAACGAAGUACGGAUGGGUGGACAGGAACAUUUUUAUCUCGAAACCCAUUCAUCUCUCGUUAUUCCCAAAGAAGUUGACGAGUUGGAAGUAUAUGCGUCCACUCAGCAUCCAUCGGAAAUCCAAAAAUUGAUUUCCCAUGUACUUCAUAUACCAAUCAACAGGAUUAACGUUCGUGUUAAACGUCUUGGCGGCGGUUUCGGAGGCAAAGAAUCCAGGGGAAUGUUGGUCGCUCUACCGGCUGCCUUCGCUGCUCACCGAUUACGAAGACCGGUACGUUGCAUGUUGGACCGGGAUGAAGAUAUGAUGAUAAGCGGUGGACGACAUCCGUUCAUGUUCAAAUAUAAAGUGGGUUUUACCAAGGAGGGUCUCCUCAAAGUUGUCGAAAUUUAUAUAUACAAUAAUGCCGGCUACUCCAUGGAUUUGUCACACUCGGUUUUGGAACGUGCUAUGUUCCACUUUGAGAACGCCUACAAAGUACCUGUUUCCAAUGUUUACGGAUAUGGAUGCAUUACCAACUUGCCAUCGAACACAGCUUUUCGGGGAUUUGGAGGACCUCAAGGAAUGUUCGCCGCUGAAAAUAUCAUGUGGGAUGUUGCCAAUUAUCUUGGAGUUGAAAUGGCAAAAUUGUCAGAGCUGAAUCUUUACAAAGAAGGUGACACGACGCACUACAAUCAAACUCUUAUAAAUUGCCAUUUAAAAGAGUGUUGGAUCGAGUGUAUAUCAUCGGCCAAUUAUGCUGAGAGAUCGGCAGCGAUAAAAGUAUACAACAAAGAGCAUCGUUACAAGAAAAAGGGAAUUGCAGUAAUACCAACGAAAUUUGGAAUAGCUUUUACAGCAUUAUUCUUGAAUCAAAGUGGGGCUCUUGUGCACGUUUAUACGGAUGGUUCUGUGUUGAUAAGUCAUGGAGGAACGGAAAUGGGACAGGGCUUGCAUACCAAAAUGAUACAGGUAGCGAGUAGAAUACUGAAGGUGAAUCCUGACAAAAUUCACAUAUCAGAAACUGCGACUGAUAAAGUACCAAACACUUCAGCAACUGCAGCGAGUGCUGGAUCAGAUUUGAACGGAAUGGCUGUAAUGAAUGCCUGUAACAAAAUAAUGAAACGGAUAAAACAUAUAAUCGAUGCUAGUCCAGACGAUACUUGGGAACAGUGGGUCUCGAAAGCAUACUUCGAACGGAUCGGUCUGUCAGCAACCGGCUUUUAUAAAACACCCGAUAUUGGAUAUUCUUUUGAAACAAAUUCUGGACAUCCUUUCAAUUAUUACACUUAUGGAGUAGCCUGCACCGAAGUUGAGAUUGAUUGUUUGACUGGGGAUCACCAGGUAUUGCGGACCGAUAUAGUAAUGGAUUUAGGGAACAGCCUGAACCCGGCAAUAGACAUUGGCCAAGUUGAGGGUGGAUUCAUGCAGGGUUACGGAUUAUUUACCCUUGAAGAGCUUAUUUACUCGCCAACAGGAACAAUGUAUAGUCGAGGACCUGGAGCUUACAAGCUUCCUGGUUUUACAGACAUACCUCAAGAAUUCAACGUCUCUCUGUUGAAAAAUGCUUCAAAUCCACGAGCUGUGUAUUCAUCAAAGGCUGUCGGAGAACCUCCCCUAUUUCUCGCAUGUUCAGCAUUCUUUGCCAUUAAGGAAGCAAUCAAAGCAGCUCGAAACGACGCAAACAUUACAAGGCUCUUUAGAUUAGACUCCCCGGCUACUGCUGCCCGUAUUCGCAUGGGAUGUACUGACCAUUUAACAACAAAGUUUCCGGUACCAGAUAACAAGAAAUCUUGGAACAUUAUCCCUUGAGUUGAAAUGAGUUGGGGAAAAACAAAUCACAUUUUUGUAUAGUUAAGCGUUGCUGUACAAAAUAUUAUUUUAUCGUAGCUAGUUAAUAUAUUUUUCAAAUAUAUAUUACAAAUUUGAAUUAUGCGUUUAUAAUUAUGGAUUUUGUUACUUAAUGAAGUAUGCAACGAUUAAACACUACUUAUACCAGAUUUCUCUACUGUAUCCAAUAAAGCUUGCAAAUUCGUUUCGAAAAGUUCA